CCACCAGUGUCCUCAGCAUUACACCCUCGUUUUUAUAUUCUAGUGCUCUCAAAAUGAAUGCUAACAUUGCUUUGCCUUCCCCCAGUUUCCCAUUGCAGGAUGGCGAUGUGUUGCGGGCAGCUUAUAAAACUUAUACCUAUACUUCUGACAACACACAUCAAAGUUGCUGGUGAACGCAGCAGGCCAGGCAGCAUCUAUAGGAAGAGGCGCAGUCGACGUUUCAGGCCGAGACCCUUCGUCAGGAGGAACUUUGAUGUGUGUUGCUUGAAUUUCCAGCAUCUGCAGAAUUCCUGUUGUUUACCUAUACUUCUGAACUACUUUCAGUGCAAUUUCCAUUUAACUAACCUACUUUUGUUUUUUUCUAUUUUAUAUUGCAGAGUUUGUUGUCGUUUGCACGCUGGUUGUUUGUCCUUUGUUGUAUGUGAUCUUUCAUCGUUUCUAUUGUGUUUUUUUUGAAUUUCUGCGAAUAAAAUGAAUCACGGGGUUGUAAAUUUACUUUUGACUUUUGAUCCACGAUCCGGUUCUCCAGCCUUCAGCAACUCCGGGGCUGCGAUGGUCGGCCCGCCCUCCAGCUCCUUCGGCGGUCGGGAGUUGUUGCGUUGCUUUUCGCUCGGCCACCCACCGCCGCCGCCGCCGCCGCCGCUCUGAUCCGCGGAUCCGCCGCCCGCCUGCCUGCGAGCCUGCGAGUCUGCAAGUCUAGGACGUGGGUCGGGGGAUGGAGGCUGUGGAGACUCAUUCCCCAGAGCAACGAGAAUUACGAACCUACAUCUUAUCGGAACAUCGUGUUUUCGUUGAUAACGACACUCGGAGGAGAAGAGAGAGAAUCUAGACGCAUAUUGACGGAGUUUGCUUAUUGCGCUAGCAAAAAGGACACAUCCUAGAGAAGGAACCUCAUCUACUCCAUCCCUCCUCAUGUGACAGAUUGGCCACAUCGCAGAGACCAGUCUGGUGAAUCUGCACGGUGCCCCCUCAGUAGCUAACAAAUACUUUUACUGAGCUGCCACCCUGGCUAUGGCCUCGGACGACGUGGUGCGCUUCCACUUUCCCAACCACGAGGUGUCGAUUCUGCAGCGGAUGAACCAGCUGCGGAUGGAGGAGCGCUUCUGCGACGUGACCAUCGUGGCGGAGCGGCUGCGGUUCCCGGGGCACCGGGUGGUGCUGGCUGCCUGCUCCCCGUUCCUGCGGGACCAGUUCCACAUGAACCCGUCGCGGGAGGUUGAGGUCUUCCCCAUGACCGGAGCGCAGACGGUGCAGCGCUUGCUGCUGUCCUGUUACACCGGCACGCUGGAGUUCCCCUUCGGCGACAUCCUCGACUACCUGACGGCCGCCAGCUGCCUGCAGAUGGAGCACGUGGUGGAGAAGUGCCGCCAGUCGCUCUCGCCGCGGAUCGGACCCCGCCUGCCACCCCCGCCGCCAGGCCCGAGCCCGGGUCUGGGGGGGGACGAGUCGGGCCCGGAACGGGACCGGGACCGGGACCCAGACCGCGAGCGGCCGUGCACGCCGCAGAUUGCCAGCUCCUCUGAGCGCGACGGGCCGUGGGGCGAGGCCAGCGAGUCAGUGAAGCUGGAGGAGGAGCACCAGCAGGAGCCGCCGCCGAGGCCCAGGCCCCGGCCACGACCGCCUGCUGCCUCCUUUGGUCAGGCCGACGACCUGCGCAUCCGCAAGGUAGAGUCGCUGGCCGACUGCAUGGCGCCGGGGUCUGGAGAGGGUCCGGAGCCUGACCCACGCAUCCACUCGACGGUGGGUGGAGGAGGAGUAGGGAGCGGCAGCGGGAGCCACGACUACUCAGAGACUGGCGGCGCACCCUACGACAUGUCCGAGGUCCUCAUCUCGGACGACUUCCCUGAGGAGGACUACGAGAGCUCGGCCAGCGAGGACUGCCGCAGCGGCUUCUACAGGGGUCCCGAGGACCCGGCAUCGCUGCCGCUGCCGCCGCGGCCCGAGGGCCCCGAGGCCGAGCCGGUCCGCUGCUCCGAGUGCGCGGCCGUCUUCGAGCAGCGGGAGCACCUGGCCGCCCACAUGGUGACGCACCGGCUCUACAUGUGCCUCCUCUGUGGCAAAGUCUUCAAGAAGAACGCCCGGCUGGCGCAGCACAUCAACGUGCACACCGGCUUCAAGCCGUACUGCUGUGCCGUCUGCGGCCGCACCUUCACGCAGAAACGCUCGCUAAAGGACCACAUGAACGUGCACAAUGGCGACGCGCCCCACUGCUGCAGCUACUGCGACAUGCGUUUCACCCACUACAGCACCCUGCGCGUCCACCUGCGCGACCAGCACGGCAAGACCACCACCCGUAACCUGGAGAACCGGCCGGCCGAGAUCAGCAUGGUGUUGCCUUAGUGCUCAGCUCCCUCCCCCAUCCAAAAUUCCUCACCCCUCCAGCUUACACUUCCACUCUCUUCACUUCCCUCCUCCCCCUGUCCCCCUCUACUCCUCCGUUCCCCUCGUGCACACCCCAUUAGCUUCACAACUGUACUGCUCCCAGUCGACCCUCCCCUACCCUUUUCCUUUGUCCUCCUCUUUCCCUCUUUUGCCACCAUGUACUUAAUCUCACUCCCACCCUGUUCCUCCCUCCCACCAGGAAACACUCCCUCCCUUCCUCUAAGACCCCUCUCUCCCUCUUCGCCCACCUACAGCCCUCCAUCCCCGUUCCUGCCCGCUUCCCUCACCCUCCCCACCCAUCCACACUCUUCCUUCCUCCUCAGACAUUUCCCGCUUCAUUUCCUCAUCCUCUCCCUGCCCCUUCCCUCACCCUCUCCCCGCCCCUUUCCCCACCCUCUCCCUGACCCAUUCCCCACCCUCUCCCUGACCCCUUCCCUCACCCUCUUCCCGCCCCUUCCCUCACCCUCUCCCUCUAGGACGCCCCCUUACCACCCUCUUCCCUAACCCUCUCGUGAUGGCAGUGGAACUGUUCUCGUUCUCUGUACUCUAUUGGCCUGACUGGAGGCGGGGGCUCCGGUCGUUAUUUUGGUCUGCCUGUAGGCAGGAUUUGCAUCUAUCUGUAAUCUAUAUUUUUAUUCUUAGAGAAAAAGAAAUA